UUCCCAAGGGGGCACCUGCUGAUGUAAAAUUCGAGCUGGGGAGCCAUGACGACGCAUAUCUCAGCAGCCAGCAAGGAGGAUGGUGUCCUGUGCCUGCUGCGUGCUUCAUUCUAUUCGUGUGAACCUGCAUAUCAUGUAUCAUGAGAUGCGUGAGAUGCAGCGGAAUUGACUGGAUGGGUACACGGCUCUGAGAGCUCCUCUCAGGCUCUUAGCCUAUAUAGGUCUACCUCAGUACGUGGUUUGAUUCGGUAUACCCUAGAAUGCGAACGCCGCAUAACAGAAUCGUUUUUCUCCGUUUCCAACCACGUUUCCUCAACUGGUAACGCAUCCAGUGAUCCUUGUAACUACUAGUAGUUGAUUACCCGUCGACGUGUCCUGUUUCCGCGUCACGUCUUUGUACCUCCCGCUAGAAGAAGGAAGUUGAGCCAUCAGGUGAGGCUUGAGCGUGGAUCACGGGACUCGUUAGGCUGGAACAAGGUAGAGUAUGGUACCCGUUAGAAGUAGAUUCUAGUAGCCGUUAUAAGUGGAGUCUAGCCGUUUGCGGAAAGAGAGAGAGAGGUACAACCAAUUGUCGGAAGGGGGAAUUUUCUGUGGCGUAGCGUCUUGGUGACACUUGAGUCGACUCAAAAGUCACCCCAGCGGCUUCAGCGCCUGGGUGAUUCUCGCAGGGGAGCGCGAUGCCGCCGAAGACGUCGCAGGAAAUUCAGGCGGAGAGUCUGAAGCAGAAAGGCAAUGAGUACUUCAAGAAAGGGUUUCUCGGAGCAGCUAUAGACGCGUACACGGAGGCCAUCGCCUUUUCCCCGGGCGUGGCAAUCUACUGGACCAACCGAGCUCUGUGCCACAGACGAAAAAGUGAUUGGCCGAGAGUGGAGAAUGACUGCACAAAGGCUUUGGAGCUGGACAGAAAUUCCGUCAAGGCGCGGUUCCUUCUGGGCCUUGCUCUGGCGGAGCUGAGCCGAUUCUCAGAGGCCAUCAGAGAGCUGGAGAAGGCACUUGAGGCGCUACGCAACGACACACGGCUGGUGCGCAGUGACAAUCUGGACGACAUCUGGAGGGUGCUGGCUGCCGCCAAGUACCGGCAGUGGGAGGAGGAGGCGCGGGCGAGGAGAGAGAAGCAGCAAGCGCUAGGGGAGGAGCUGAAGCUGCUGAUGAAGAAUCGUCUGUUCCAGCAAGUGGCUCAGCUUCUAGGAAAGGAGGGCGCUUUGAAUGGUUCGGCCACAGUGGACGUCAAUGCCCUCGGCAGCACAGCAGGCUUGGAUGCAGUGAAAUCGCAGCAGGUGCAGUCACUGGUGCAGCAGUACCAGGAGCGGCUCAAUACUCUGGAGAACGUGUUUGACAAGGCUGGAGCGCCAGACAGACCGGCUGAGAUCCCUGACUUCCUGUGCUGCAAGAUCACCAUGGACAUUUUCAAGGACCCCGUCAUCACUCCCAGUGGCGUGACGUACGAGCGAGCAGUGCUUGUGGACCAUCUCAACUCCGGAAAGCAUUUUGACCCCGUGACAAGGGCCAAAUUGACUCCAGAGCAGCUGGUGCCUAACCUUGCACUGAGAGAAACGGUACAACACUUUCUAGAUGACCAUGGGUGGGCAUACAACCCACAUUGAGAAAAGCAAGUAAUACUUCGGAAGUAGUUAACAGUUAACGUCUCUCCCAUGUAGGUACCAAGAAAUAUAGCCUUGUCAUUUGCCUUAUUGUUGGAUGUGAAAUGGCUGUAGAUGGCAAAUCAAUAAUGUGAAAUAGAUUUGAGCCGUGUGGAGAUGUGCUAUUUGCGUGGGGCUGUGAACUAAGGGCCAUGUGGCAUGUGAAUUUAC